CGUUCAGGGCGGCGCUGCUUCCUGUUUUGGGUUGCAGGCGGAUAUGAAACAAGGACUGUAGGAUAAACUGCUUUUUUUUUGUCACUGCUCUAGUCGUUAGCUUCCAAUUUUGUCCAUAGCUGUAAAAUAAACACGAUAGGAAAUGUCGGAAACGGGCAACCGACUUCGUAAACUGCUGGAAUCGCCAAAUUUCGACCCUCAGAAUUACGUGAAGCAACUGUCGCAGCAGUCCGACGGCGACAGAGACCUGCAGGAGCAUCGGCAGAAAAUCCAAAACUUAGCUGAUGAAACGGCCCAGAACCUGAAGAAAAAUGUCUACAAGAAUUACAGGCAGUUCAUAGAGACCGCUAAGGAGAUUUCGUAUCUGGAGAGUGAGAUGUACCAGCUGAGUCACAUCCUGACUGAGCAGAAGAGCAUCAUGGAGAGCAUCACCCAGGCUCUGCUGUCCACAGAUAAGGAUGAGACCUCCAAGGAGAUGCAGGCUGCUUUCCCUAAAGAGACAGAGGAGCUGAAGCAGAGGACACUCACUUCUCUGCUGGAGAAAGUGGAAGGGGGUAAAAACAUCAUGGACACACCAGGGAGGCAUUUAAUCUACAAUGGAGAUCUGGCUGAGUUUGAUGUUGACAACAUGUCCCCCAUCCAGAGAGUCCAUGCUUUCCUCAUGAAUGACUGUCUGCUUAUUGCUACCUGGCUGCCCAACCGCCGUGGCACUGUCAAGUACAAAUACAACGCCCUGUAUGACCUGGAGAGCUUUGCUGUGGUCAACGUAAAGGACAACCCUCCCAUGAAGGACAUGUUCAAGAUCCUGAUGUUCCCAGACAGCCGCAUCUUUCAGGCCGAGAACAGCAAAGUCAAAAAGGAGUGGCUGGAGAUCCUGGAUGAAACCAAGAAGAAUAAAGUGACCAAGGACAGGCACAAGAAAGAAGAGGAGGUCCCCACUUCUCCUGUACGAGCUGAGGUGUCCACCAACCCCUUUGACGUGGAUGAUGAGCCGGCUGACGUAGAAGAAAAUGUGGAUCUCACCCUGGAGUGGAUCCAGGAGCUCCCUGAGGACCUGGACGUGUGCAUCGCCCAGAGAGACUUUGAGGGCGCCGUGGACCUGCUGGACAAGCUCAAUGAGUAUCUCAAAGACCAGCCGGUCACCCAGAAGGUCAAAGAGCUCAGGUCCAAAGUGGAUGAGCGGGUUCGGCAGCUGACAGAGGUCUUGGUGUUUGAGCUGUCUCCAGAUCGGUCACUUCGGGGUGGACCCAAGGCCACCAGGCGAGCCGUGUCCCAGCUCAUCAGACUAGGUCAGUCCACCAAAGCAUGCGAACUGUUUCUGAAGAACCGUGCUGCCGCCGUCCAGACGGCCAUCCGGCAGCUUCGCAUCGAAGGAGCCACUCUGCUCUACAUCCACAAACUCUGCAACAUCUUCUUUACCAGUUUGCUGGAAACGGCCAAAGAGUUCGAGAUGGACUUUGCAGGGAACACGGGCUGCUACUCGGCCUUCGUGGUCUGGUCCAGAUCAGCCAUGAGGAUGUUUGUGGACGCCUUCAGCAAACAGGUGUUUGACAGUAAGGAGAGUCUGUCCACAGCCGCAGAGUGUGUUAAAGUGGCCAAGGAGCACUGUCAGCAGCUGACGGAGAUUGGCCUGGACCUGACCUUCACCCUCCAGUCCCUGCUGGUCAAAGACAUCAAGGCAGCACUGCAGAGCUACAAGGACAUCAUCAUCGAAGCCACUAAGCACCGAAACUCCGAGGAGAUGUGGAGGAGGAUGAACCUCAUGACCCCUGAGGCUUUGGCUAAACUGAAGGAUGAGAUGCGGACCUGUGGCAUGGGCACCUUCGAGCAGUACACCGGCGACGACUGCUGGGUGAACCUGAGCUACACGGUGGUGGCCUUCACCAAGCAGAUGAUGAGCUUCCUGGAGGAGGGUCUGAAGCUCUACUUCCCUGAGCUGCACAUGGUUCUGCUGGAGAGUCUGAGGGAGAUCAUCCUGGUGGCCGUGCAGCACGUGGACUACAGCCUCCGAUGCGAACAGGACCCCGAGAAGAAGGCCUUCAUCCUGCAGAACGCCACCUUCCUCCACGACACGGUGCUGCCCGUGGUGGAGCGGCGCUUCGAGGAGGGCGUGGGCAAACCCGCCAAACAGCUGCAGGACCUGAGGAAGAGCACCAGGCCGGUUCGGAUCAACCCGGAGAGCACCACGUCGGUGGUCUGAGACUGAGUUCGUUUACCGUUUUGUACAUUUGACUAAAGAUGUGAGACUGUAAUGAGGAAAUGUAGCCUGUGAAAAACACUUCCACUACCAGUCAGAGGGUUUAAAGCACCGUUUUCUCCUGCUUUUAAUGCUAAUCAUGGUUUGUCUGUUAAGUGCAAUAUUGUCCAGAUAAUUCAGAUAGUCUACCAACACAAGCGCAUUUGUAUGAUUGAGUUUGUUUUUUUUUUAACUGUUUUUUGUGAGAAGAAAACAAUAGACUGAAUGACAAACAGGCCAAACCGAGGAUGAAUGACUUAGAAAAUGAUAAUACUAAUAAAUAAAGAAAUAAAAAUACA